GAGCAUCACAUUAUCCAUCGGAGAGUUCGACUAUCGGCAUCUAAAGAAACUAAAGACAAACAAAGAUGAGCGACUACGAUCACCCCUUCAAGAUUGUGUUAAUUGGUGAUCAAGGUGUGGGAAAGAGCAGUCUCCUUGUCAGUUUCGUUUCUGGCGCUGUCACCGAUCUUCCUAGCACAAUCGGCACCGAUAUUAAGAUAAAGCAGAUAACAGUGGGUGGGAAGAGACUGAAACUUACAUUUUGGGACACUGCUGGACAAGAAAGGUUCAGAACAUUAACAAGCUCUUACUAUAGAGAUGCUCAUGGGAUCAUUCUUGUUUAUGAUGUGACACGAAAACAAUCAUUUACGAACUUAGCAAACUUAUGGAUAAAAGAAGUUGAUCUCUACUCUACAAACAUUGGCUGUAUCAAGAUGCUCGUUGGAAAUAAAGUUGAUAAAGAGUCGGAAAGGGCAGUGAGCAGAGAAGAGGGAAUGGAUCUGGCGAAACAGCUCGGAUUUCUGUUUGUUGAAUCUAGUGCUAAAACUAGAGAAAAUGUGGAGAAAUGCUUUGAUGAUUUAGCACUGAAGAUACUGGAGGAAUCUGAGAAGAAACGACAGGAGGAACUGAAGCAGAAACAUUCUGAAUCAGAACCCAAAUCAGAAAACAUUAAGCUUCCUGGGAAAUCUAAGGAGACUCCACAACCUUACACAGGACCACCAAGUGGGGGUGGCGCUUGCUGCAAUACUUAGUCCUUAUAUAAGUGCACCGCAGAGAAUUUCUUAUCUGCGGGUCUAUAAUUUAUUAUGGUCUGAAGAUGUUAGAAAAUGAUAAAUAAGAACGAAAUAAAUAAAUAAAUUCUUAACAUCUCAUUGGUUUGGAUCCAUAAAAAAAAUGGAUCCCGUCUAGGCAAGAAUGUCUCGUGUACCAUAACUAAAUUGGCUUAGCAACUGCCUUUGCCUUUUUUUU